AUGUGGAUUAUUUUAAUCUUGUUAACAAUCAAUAUUAUACCUCAAAAUAUUGAUUUUCUCUAUGGUAACAAUCAGGAUAUCGAACAAUCCAAAUGGAGUAUUAAUAAACAACAACAACAACAACGACAAAUUCGUAACAUUCAUAAUCUUUCUAAUUAUGUCAUAUUAAAGAAUCAAAAUAUCGAUUUGUUCAAUUUCAUUCAAAGAAUUAAACGAUCCAAAUCAAACGAUGUAAAAGAUCUUCAUUCAAUGGAGAAUAAUAAAGAUUUGAAUAAUUCGAAUAAGAAUGAUAAGAAUGAUCAUUCUGAAGAUGAUAAUCAUAAGAAUAAUGAUCCUAUUCCAAAUGUUAUAGAUAAUAAUGAACAUUUAAUCAAUUCUAAUAGUAAACUGUCUAGUUCAUCUAAUUAUCAUCCAUUAAGUUCUAAUCAAUUAUUACAUAAUUCAAUGGAUCAUGAAAAAGUACUUAGACCGGAGAAAUGUAUCCCAAUUGAAAUACCAUUAUGUAAAAAUAUUGGUUAUAAUUUAACUUAUUUACCAAAUGCAUUUAAUCAUGAAACACAAGAAGAAGCUGGUUUAGAAGUUCAUCAAUUCUAUCCUUUGGUUGAAAUUAAUUGUUCAGAUGAUUUAAGAUUAUUUCUAUGUAGUAUGUAUACACCAAUUUGUUUACCAAAUUGGCAUUAUCGUUUAACUGCAUGCAAAUCAUUAUGUGAAAGUGCACGUGAUGGAUGUAUGCCAGUUAUGCGUACUUAUGGAUUUGGUUGGCCUGAAAGGAUGAAUUGUGAUCUUCUACCAGAAGGAAAUGAAUGUGUUAGUCGAAGUAAUACACCAAACAAUAGAAAAGUGACAUCCUCCUCCUCCUCCUCCUCCUCAUCAUCAUCAUCUUUACCUUCUGGUGACCAACAAAUUGGAAUGAUCCAUAAAGAUACUACUAUUACUACUACUAAUAAUAAUAAUGAUCAUAAGAUGAAUGAUAUUAUACUUGGAAAAGGUGAAGACCUAUCAUUAAAUAAUGAAUUAUAUAAUUUCAUCAAACAAAUUCAUUUAUAUAUAAAUCCAACUUUAUCAAAUGAUAAACAAUAUUUAAAUGAUUCAAAUAUCCCACCAUCAGAAAUAAUAAAUCAAUUACAUGAAUAUUUCACAACAAAAAUAAAUUCUCAAAAAAUCAAUAAAAAAUCUAAUGAAAUCAAUAAAAAAUCAAUUCAAUCUAAUCAAAAAUUAUUUAAUCUCUAUUUAUGUUUACCAUGUGAAUGUCGUAAUCCAUUUAUAAAAUGGAUAAAACCACCAUUGAAUGAAGUCAUGACUGAUCAUAUUAAAAAUUGUUUACCAUCAUGUUAUUAUCCAACAUUUAAUAAUCAAUCUGAUAAAACAUUUAUAACAUUUUGGCUUAGUUUAUGGUCUAUAUUAUGUAUUCUAUCAACAUUAAUGAUAAUGAUAACAUUUCUAGUUGAUUCAAAUCGUUUUCAAUAUCCGGAACGUUCAAUUAUUUAUUUAUCAACAUGUUAUUUUAUGAUUGCAAUUGGUUAUAUAAUAAGAGUUAUUAUAGGACAUGAAUUGAUUGCAUGUAAUGGAUUAAUGCUUAGAAUUAAUACAACUGGACCUAUACAAUGUAGUAUUGUAUUUUUAUUAACAUAUAUAUUUGGUAUGGCAUCAUCUAUAUGGUGGAUUAUAUUAACAUUAACAUGGUUUUUAGCUGCUGGAUUAAAAUGGGGCACUGAAGCCAUUGCAAAAUAUUCUCAGAUCUAUCAUUUUUUUGCAUGGUUUAUUCCUGGUACAAAAGCGAUUAUAAUAUUGAUUUUAUCAGCAAUUGAUGGUGAUCCCAUUGGUGGUUUAUGUACUGUUGGUUCAAUUAAUUUAUAUUAUUUACGUAUAUUUAUCCUUAUUCCAAUGUGUAUUUAUUUAAGUUUAGGUACAAUCUUUUUAUUUGCUGGUUUUAUUGCUUUAUUUAAAAUACGUAAUGAAAUUAAAUGUCAAACUCGUAGUCAUUUAAAAACUGAUAAAUUAGAGAAAUUAAUGAUUCGUAUUGGUAUAUUUAGUGUAUUGUAUAUUGUCCCAGCAACUAUUGUUAUAGCAUGUUAUUGUUAUGAAUUAUAUUAUCGUGAUUUAUGGAAUAAAGGACAUAAUUGUCCAUGUAUUACAUUAUCAUAUAUGAAAGAUUUAACACAUCAGAAUUUAUUAGAUCAAUUGAGAUCAUUAUUUAUCAAUCAUGAUCCUGAUCAUGAUCAUCAUACAUUAUCAUUAAAUGAUCAAAUGAUAAAAGGUAAACAUGGUUUUACAUUACAUUUAAAUCCACCACAAUAUGUAAAUGUUCAACCGGAAUAUGCAGUGUUUAUGUUAAAAUAUUUUAUGUCACUUGUUAUUGGUAUUACAUCAGGAUUUUGGAUAUGGUCUAGUAAAACAGUGAAUUCAUGGCAAUUAUGUUUAAAACGUGUAGUUCAUCGUUCAUCUAGAACAAAUUCUAAACAUCAUCAUCAAAGAGCAGUAUCUAUUGGUGUUCUAAGUCAUACUGGAGUAUUUGUACCAAAUCGUUCACCACCACCACCACCACCAUCACUGCCAAAUCCAGGUACAAUGAGUUGGAAUACAGGACAAUCAAAAGUUUGGAUGAAUAGUAAUAAUCAUUCUAAAUUGUCAAAUGGAUUAAAUCUAGGUGUUAAUAAUUGUACAACAUGGCAAGAUGAUUACAUUUCUAAUAAUCGAUUAGUUCCACAACCACCAUCAACAAAUCUUGAAUGUCAUCAUUCUACUGGUAUUCAUAUAAAUCAUACAAUGCCUAUUUCAGUUGGUUCAGUUAUCGGUACAUCAGGUUUACAAGUUAAUUCAGGAUCAUUUACUAAUGGUCCAUUAGAUGGUACAGCCAUAAGUGGAGGUAGUGGUACAAGUUUACCUGGACAACAACAUAAUGGACGUAAAAUUGAUGCUAAUAAUCUAUUUCUUAUGUCGUCGGUACCAAUAACACAUAUCUGA